AUGAGAACAGAAUUGUUUGGAGUAACACAAAAGCCAAGUGAGUUUGAAACAUAGCAAUUGUUCACUUUAUCUGUAAUUUUGCACUUGGUUAUAUUCAGUAUCUAAAAAGUACCUAGUACAUCAACCUUAUAGAUUGUCACCUCAUCUAUAAAGUAAGAUUCCAGCUUAAUUAAUCUUCAACCUAUUAGCUGGGUCAUUUUGGUAAUACUUGUUAUUCUGACUAAUGAGCUUUAAAGAUACAAAUUACUUUGAAUUCUCUCAUCCAUUAAAAAAGUAAGCAACAACAACAUAAUACCAUUUAGUUUUGAAAAAUAUUGAAAUACAAAUUACUCAGAUAAAGAGUUGACCCUUUAACUCCUAGAAGUGAUUAACAUAUAACUUCUCCCUUUAGUAUCCAAACAUUGUCCAGUAGACAGGCGGUGAGAAUACUCAAACUUAUCAGGUCCAAGAUAUUAUCUUGAUUGAACAACAAAUUAUCACAACCAAUUUACAAGGAAAUGUGUGGGAGCUAGAGGGGAGGAUAAGCAAUCAGAUCGUGGGAGUUAAAGGGUUAAGAUGCUAGAACUUAAUGACGAAAAAAUUGUUUCGUGAAAUGUAUUUGAGAAUGAUUUUUCGCGUUUAAUUAUGGAUCAUUAUUUUGCAGUGUGUUAUACCCAGGCCAUCGGUGUAGCCAGGACUGGUACCAUUCCAGACAGCAGCUUCUAUUCCUUGUCAAACUAUAAUUCAGAAUAUGCAGCUAAAUAUGGUCGCUUAAAUGGGGCAAAGUCAUGGGCACCUAAUGGCAACAAUAAUGCUAAUGAUUACCUUCAAAUUGACCUGCUGUUUGAGUAUGUCAUCUGUGCUGUAGCUACACAGGGAAAUCCAAGGACCAAUGAGUGGACAACAAAGUACAAGUUAACAUUAUCCCUUGAUAAUGCAAGUUUUAUCACCUAUCAGGAAAACAGUACUGACAAGGUGGGUUUAGAUGCAGCCAUAAACGCAGAGGGUGUAGUACUUUCUUAG